CAAAAGUGUAAAUAACUUUCAUAUAUAAACUGAUUGAUUCCUUUGAAGACCAGAAAACCCAACCCCGAUCGAACCUAAACUACGACGCUUCUCACCUCCUGAACCUAGGUUGAAAAAAAUGUCAACUGACGGAAAACGCAUUGCGACUCCUUCUGAUGAUAAAGUUGCAGCAGCAGCAGUAGGGGAAGAAAAACAGUUUAAAUUCGAGAUUUUAAAAGUGUCAUCAGCUGAAUUUAAAAAUCUAACCUUUCAACAAAAACGAUAUUGGGUACAUGCACAUUUCAUGUUUAAAGCAAAGUGUCCAGCGGUUGAAGAUGCCCCAGUGUUAAUAGAUUUAGAAGAAGAAGAAGAGGAAGAAGAAGAAGUAUCAAAAGUACCAAAGAACAAUGAUGAUAAUGGGGAAUCCGGACCAAGGGAGGCGUCUUGGAAAAGAAUGAGGAAACCGGAUGAUUGGAUGAUGAUGGACCAAGGGCAGAUAUUUGAACAAUCUAUUGAAUUGUUCUGACUACUACCCCCUUGUAGUAUUUAGAUAUCAUUAUGAUUAUUAAGUAUCAUGGAUGCUAUUUCUUUUUCUUUGGUAUUUGAUGUACAUGAAUUGUUUGUCUCUCAUAUACACCCAUCUUUAUUUUUUUUA